GACCACGCCUGCUAGAUUUAAGUACCAGACUAGUGACUACUGAGCUAGGUAUUGUAUUCUUUUUUUUGAUAAACCCAUGCUCCCAUCUACCAUAGUAUGCGACUGGAGGGUAGAUGCUUGGACAAAAGUGGCUCUGGAAAUGUGAGUCUUAUUCCAGAAGAAGAUGAGGAUAUGUGGCAUGUAUAUAAUCUAGUAACUGUGGGUGAUAAACUUAAAUCAACCACCAUCAGGAAAGUUACUAGUGAGUCAUCUACUGGUUCUAGUACAUCAGAACGUGUUCGUACAACUCUUACUAUAUCUGUUGAGAGCAUAGAAUAUGAUACAAUUGCUUGUCAAAUUCGGUUUAAAGGACGUAAUGUUCAAGAGAAUCCAUUUGUCAAAAUGGGUGCUUAUCAUACAAUUGAUCUUCAAUUAAAUCAAAAGUUUUCACUGUCGAAAGAGAAAUGGGACAGUGUUGCAUUGGAUCGAUUAGAUGUAGCUUGUGAUCCAAGCAGAACAGCUGAUAUAGCGGCACUUAUAAUGCAAGAAGGUUUAGCUCAGCUAUGUAUUGUGACUUCUGCUAUGACAAUAACAAGAGCGAGAAUAGAACAGCAAAUACCACGCAAGAGAAGAGGGUCCUGUACCAAUCAUGAUAAAGCAUUGGAAAGGUUCUACGGCACAGUAUUACAAGCAGUUCUAAGACACAUUAGGUUUGAUGUUGUAAAAUGUAUUUUAAUUGCGAGCCCUGGAUUUGUGAAGGACCAAUUUCUGGAAUACUUGUUAGCUGAAGCUAUCAAACAAGAUAUCAAAGUAUUACUGGAAAAUAAAUCUAAAUUUCUGCUUGUUCACUCUUCUUCUGGACACAAACAGUCUCUCAAAGAAAUAUUAGCUGACCCUGCAGUGGCUGUUAAAUUAGCAGAUACCAAAGCAGCUAAUGAAGUAAAGGCAUUGGAUUCUUUCUAUGUGAUGCUUCAGAAUGAACCGAAUAGAGCUUUUUAUGGGUUUAAAGAUGUAGAAAGAGCUAAUGAAUCUAAUGCCAUAGAAAUGCUAUUGAUAACUGAUGAACUUUUUAGAUCGUCAGAUGUUGCUUUAAGACAAAGAUAUGUUGCCCUUGUUGAUAGUGUAAAAGACACUGGUGGCUCAGUUCGAAUAUUCUCUAGUUUACAUGUUUCUGGAGAACAAUUAGGACUUUUAACUGGUAUAGCUGCAAUUUUGAGAUUUCCUUUGCCAGAACGGAAUGAAGACUCUUCAGAUGACAGUGACAGUAAUUAAAUUUACGAUAAUUAUUUAUUUUAUCAGCAUAAUAAUAAUAAUAAUAAUUAUAUUAGAUAUGCUUUGAGCCUCUGACCUACA